GCGUGUUCUCUGCAGGACUCAAGGGUAACUGGACUUGUUGAUGUUGAGUUGGCGUUUUGGAUGAAGAGCCGAAUAGAGUCCAUUCAUUAUAGCAAAGCACCAGCAGUUUUCAUGAAUUUCAAAUCAAGUGCUGUUGAUCGAGUGCCAUGACUGUACGAAGAGUGAAUGUGGCCAUUCUUGUUCUGCUUCUCGUCGCCUUUUUAAUUAUUUUGCAUCGAAAUCUGCUGAAUCUCAAUGAUUUCCUGAAGCAAGAGAAUCAAGACACCGCUCCUGGGAUGGUGCUGCCCUUCGAGACGGACUUCCUGUCGGAUCAUGAGGUCAUCAGGUCAGGAGAUGAGAUUCCUGUGGUCAUCACCGCUCCAGAGGAGAGACUGGGAGCUGCCGUCACUGCCAUGAACAGCAUCCACCGCAACAGCAAAGCCAAUGUAGUGUUCAAUAUAGUGACACUAAAUGAGUCGGUGGUCCAUCUCAGAACAUGGUUGAGUAAGACUGACUUGAAGCACAAAAUUAUCAUAUUUGAUCUGAAGAUCCUCGCAGGAAAGAUUUCUAGCGAUCCUCAGAAGCUGGAGGCAGUGAAGCCGUUGACCUUUGCUAGAUUCUUCCUGCCGGUUUUCUUGCCGGAUGCAGAGAAAGCUAUUUAUCUGGAUGAUGAUGUUAUUGUACAAGGGGACAUUCAGGAGCUUUUCGACACCAGUAUUAAGCUGGGACACGCUGCAGCUUUCUCAGAGGACUGUGACUCCGCGUUCUCUAAAGGCAUCGUCAGAGGAGCAGGAAAUCAGAACAGCUAUAUUGGUUUUCUGGACUUCAAAAAAGAGGCGAUCAAGAAGCUUGGAAUGAAAGCGAACACUUGCUCGUUUAAUCCUGGAGUCUUUGUGGCCAAUUUAACUGAGUGGAAGCAGCAGAAUAUCAGCAGGCAGCUUGAGAUCUGGAUGGAGCGCAAUGCCAAGGAGGACCUUUACAGUAAGACUUUAGCAGACAGCAUCACAACGCCACCUAUGCUCAUUGUAUUCUACAAGACCCACUCAAACAUCGAUCCACUGUGGAACGUCCGACACCUCGGGGCGACAGGAGCUGGUAAUCGGUAUUCACCUCAGUUUGUUAAGGCUGCCAAACUUCUCCACUGGAACGGACAUUAUAAACCUUGGGGAAGAUCCUCGACUUAUUCUGACAUUUGGGACAAAUGGUACAUUCCAGAUCCCACUGGCAAAUUCCACCCAAUCCGAAGACAUGCUGAGGAAAAAUAAACUCUGGUUUGGGCUACAUGAAGGAAAAGUAAUCACUUUGAUGGAUGGGCUCUGUCGCAGAUAUUUGACUUUGUUCGUGGAUGUUUAAAGGAUGCCAAAAUACGGGACCUUCAUGAAACCUACGAGUACCUAAGAUACUGGGAGCAACAUUGGAACAGAACAACCGCCAUGAGGGGACAUUCAACACCAAUGGACUACCUCAGCGUUCACUGUCAAAUGACAGAGUAAUAACACUAAACCAUUUAUGGUACUUUUAAAAUCAACAUUUUGUAUGCUACACCCAAGUCUUUUUUUUUUUUUUUUUUAAUUGGGUGAAACUGUGGACCCACUUCAUUCUAAAUUAAAAUUUCCAUUCCAUUAUUAAAUAUUAUAGACUGCUUUAGGGCUUAAAGGGAUACUCCACCCCAGAAUGAAAAUGUUGUCAUUAAUCACUUACCCCCAUGUUGAUCUAAACCUUUAAAAGCUUUGUUCGUCUUCGGAACACAAAGAUAUUUCGGAUGGAAAACUGAGAGGCUUGUGACUGUCCCAUUGACUGCCAAGUUAGACUGUCAAGCUCCAGAAAAGUAUGAAAGCAUUAUUAGAUUAGUCCAUCCACCAUCAGUGGUUCAACCGUAAAUGUUAUCGAGUGACGAGAAUAUUCCUUUUUACAAAAAAAAAAAAAAGGCGUGUCUCUCCACGUCACCGUAUCGCUUAUUUUGAACUGAAUGCAAGGUGUCCUUGUGGCGCGGCUGACACAUAAGAGCGUAAGCUGCUUGCGUUCAACUCAUAUUUUCCUAAAGGUAUUAUGGUGAUAUGGAGAGACAAAUUGUUGAAACAUUCAUUGUGUUGUUUUCUUUGCGUACAAAAAGUAGUCUCGUCGCUUCGUAAUGUUACAGUUGAACAACUGAUGGCAGAUGGACUAAUCUGACUUUUUUUUUUUCAUACUUUCUGGACCUUGUCAGUGUAACUUUCUUGGCAGUCAAGGGGACAGUCACAAGCCUCCUGGUUUUCAUCCAAAAUAUAUUAAAUUGUAUUCCGAAGACGAACAGAAUUUUAAUGAGUUUGGAAUGACAUUGGAAUAAGUGAUUGACAAUUUUCAUUUUGGCGUAGAGUAACCCUUUUAGACACAAACCUGUGACAGCUGACAUUUCAGAAUUUCUGUAUUUGACACAUUUCUGUGGAUUCAUGUUUUGUUUGUUUUUCUCUCUUCUCCAUGUAUUAGCUGUUACUGAGCAAGCCAACUACUUGUCCUCAACCUGAAGGGGAAAAUAUGCCAGUUUGUACAAGUAUGAAUAAAACUCAGUAUGUUUUGUA